ACCACCCACCGCCAGACUCGGCGACGAGCUCUCCUUCGCCUUCGUUGCAUGCACCGUCCGCUGUCUGCAUGGCCUCGACGACAGCCGUCGUCCCCACCAUUCCCCAUGACAGGCCAUCCUCGGUACGCACGAAUUCAAUAGCGAGUACGGCGAGUUCGGGGGGCGCGUCGUUAAGGCGUCGGACGGCCACGCGGUCAAGAUCGGUCCUCCCACCAGCCAAGCGGGGCAAGAGCCAGGGGCCGCCCGGGAGCCGCAAAAACACGGUGGACGACGAUGCACACUCGUUUCCAAUCCUCGGGGAUGUUUUGCCGCCUGUUCCCGCCGUGUUGCACGCGGAGCCAGAGGAGUUGGCGUCUCUUUCGCGACUGAGCGCGCCAACAGGUGAACAUCGUCCACGGACAGCAGGUUCGGAAAACAGAGCACAAGACGCGACCCGACAGGCGAGAGACAGGAGCAUGACAGUGGGGACGGUGGAGGUAACAAAGAAGCCAUGGGAGACGAGAUCUGAAGGAGGCUCUAUCAGAGGGAUUAAAGCGCGGUCGCGAGCGUUGAGUCUACCCCGCCAAGCCUUUAGGGCGAACGUGGCGUCUGACUCGUCCUCUGAACCCAGUCCCAAAACGCCAGGGCAGGAUGCGAGGCCGUUAUUUCAGGCGCGGACAGGCAAAGCAGACACUCAUAAUCCAAGAGACUCCAUAGUGUCGACGUCUUCCUCCUCGCUAUACCCCGCGUCAACAACCACUGGUUCCUUCACGGACUCGUCCUUCCCGUAUUCUAUUGACGAUGAUUUCGGCGAGCGUUUGACACCGGUCGCGCCCGAGAUUGUUUCUCCGGACAAACCAGAGUUCGACGCGGAUGACGUUUCCUACAGGCUGCGCCUGCUGGUUAACAACAGCUAUUUUCUUCCUCCUGCGCACUCGAAGCCUUCACCGUUGUCGUUGAACCCUCAGACUGCGGGCGGCCAGAAGGUGUCCCCUAAACCAUCUGCUGCUACGUUCUUGGACUUCUUCCGCCUAGGAAAGGCAAGGUCGAAGCUGACGACUCCGACCGUCUCCUCACCCCCCGCUGUGGACCAGCCGGGACCCAUUCUUCGUACCACCUCGGACUCGACAACGGCGUCAGGCUUCAUACCUCGUCCGCAUACACGCUCGUUGCCUCAGACUCCGAUCCACAACGUAGCCGUUCCCAGUACUAGUCGAGUUGUCGUGGUGCGCGAGCGGAUGGACGACCUGGCAGCUGCAGCGAGAGAAGCCGAACAAGAUCUAAGGACUCGAGCGGUGCGCAAAACGCGGAGUCAGUCCAUCAUCAGGCCUCAGGCCUCCCAUCUGGAUGUCAUCGAUCCCACAGACGCGGUUGACCUGCCCCUGUCCUCUGGCUAUCCGUUCGCAGUGCAAGCAUCGGCUGUGUACGGUGUGAACGUGUCUGGAGCGCUUGGUGCUGCUGUACUUGCCGAGCAGUUGCCACCCCUUAGCCCUGGGGCUUGGUCAAGUAGCACAGAGGACGACGCUUGGCGGAGGGCAUUGCUCGCGGAGGCUGUCCACCACUCGCUCAACAACUCGAGGGAUAUGUCCUUCGCAUCAGGAUUCACGGAUCGCUCGGGUCUGACCUCCCCUACCGGUCCUUCCGGAAGCGGUUCUUCAGGCCAUACGUCGCAACCUUCGAGCGCGUUCUCUCAGGGCACGCAGUUCCGGUCUAUCACAGACCCUUCGAAGAGUGGUGCAUCAGGGCAUGCGUCUCAACCGUCCGAGGCGUUCUCUCAGGGCACGCAUGUGCUGUCACUCUCUGGCCCCUCGCGGGGCGGUUCCUCUGGGCAUACGUCUCAGCCGUCUGAAUCCUUCUCCCAGGCGACGCAUUCGACGCCCAAACAGAGGAUCGGGCAACGGAUCCUGGAGAAUCUACAUGUUGCUGUGGAGGGCCAUGAGCCACAGAGUCCGACCACGCCUACACAAGCGAGAGCGCCUUCGAGUGCCAACAGCCAGACGACCUUCUCCAGCACAUCGAGUGUAGCUGGUCCACGGUCGCCACGCCAUCAUUCGAGCUCGCCCCCUGGACGUGCAGAGAGCCCCGCUCGGACUGCUGCCCUCCCGCCACCUCCACGCAGGCUGAGGUCCAACCCGACGUUCUCGCAUUUCCAGCCCGAACUCACGGAUCCCGAGUCUCCUGGGCCUUCGCGUCCGUCGCUGCAAGGUCUGCGGAAGGUCAUGUCUUCCCCCGGGCUCUCCGAUUCGCGCGAGGCUGUCUACAUCGGGGAUGUCCGUGCAGCGUCACCUAUGUCGAUCGCACAAAGGUUGUCGAGGCGGAUAUCACCGGUCAUGUUGAACGUGGAGGCAGUCCCUUCCCACUCCUCCUAUCGCAGCUUCAUGAGUCAACUGACUUCGGACUCGCGGGCCUCCGAUGACCUGUCAUACGUGACGCCCGAGGAUACGGAUGUGGACCAGACAUUGCAGAACAGGCCAUCUGUGACAGUGUCGAUGGUGACGGAAGGCAGGCCGUCAAUAACGACGUCAGAGUACUCUGUCGACUCCCCGACCGCAUCUGCGUUCCAUGAUGCCAUUUUCGGGAGUUAUCGGUCGCCGUCAGUACUGUCGCGGAGAAGUUACUUGCCUGAAGGCUCCGGCACCUCGCGGAGUGUGUCCCCGGUGUCUCCUACAGUCAGUGUGGAUAGACCCUAUGGCCAGGCUCUGCCACCUCCGCCGCGAACAUCUAUUUCGUCGUUAGCACAAACCGCAUUGGCGCCGCCCCCUAGGUCACGUUCCAGAGCCUCACCCAGGACCCCUCCCUCCCCACUACGUCCUGCACCAGACACACAUUCACCGCCGGCCACUGACCGUCCGUUCUCGAUCCGAUCUAUAGGAUCUGGGUCCCUCCCAGAGACAUCCCCCGACUCCCCUGCGUUCCCCUCACCGCGCUCGUUGGCAGAUCGCCGAGGUCAUGCCUCGCCACUCGCUCUCCGCAUACCGGAAGAGUUUGUCCUUCUGCCAUCCAUUCUGCGCCAGGUCCUGCCUCGCCAGCAGAGUUCUUUGACAAGAUUGAGUCGACAAUGGAUGAUGAGUUGGAAUCUACCGACGGCAGCGAUGACGAAGAGGAAGGGGAAGAGGAGGAGGAAGAGAACGAAGCGUUGUCGCCUCCGCGUCCACUAUUCGCGCACUCCCGAAGCGACUCUCAGCAGACCAUGCGUAGUGCUACUGCGCCAUCCUCGCGGUCGUCCAUCAUGCGCCUGGGUAACCACUCUACGCCUUCGCUGCGCCCCCCGACGCUGCGACAGGAGGAGCCUGCGCAGCUCAGCGAUGUCGAUCGGAAAACGCCCAUCUCCAACAUACCAGCGCGGCCCCGCAGGCGGAGCUUCUUCACGUCCAAGAAGAAGGGUCUCCAAAGCACUGACAUUCCCCACUUGCCGUUCAGGGAUAUCGCUACCUCCCAUGGCGAGGACAGUUUCGCUUUGACCCCAGAGCAGGAGUAUAGGCGGAGAUCGGCCACCACGGGUGCUGAAUCCAAGCCCCGGCUGCCCAAGCGCGAGUCGGUGCUGAGAUUCGAUGGGAUGCUCGACCAGUACGCGCAGGCGGAGCGCGAGCGGUUCAAGCAGAUCGCUACUAGCUUGUCCAGUUCACAGCGUUGAUUUCUAGUAUAGGCCAUUUGAUUGACCGUUUAUCACAUCC